CUAUUAUUAUUGUUAAAGAUAAAGAAAAAUGCAGGCCAUCAAGGAAAAAUUGAGCGACAUGAAUGCCAUUCGCAAGGCCAAGGCCGCCGCCAAGGAGGAAGAAAAGGCAGAGAAAGAAUAUGCAAAAGCAAGAGUGGAAGUGGCGCACGAGGUGAGAAUGGCGAGAGAAAAAGAAGCAGAAAUGGAUUUUCAUGUGGCCAAAGCUGCUGAUAAGGCUGCUCUCCAUGAAGCCAAGCUGUCAUCCCAUAGCCAUGAUGAACAGAAACCACCACCCUCCUCUUACGCCGCCACCCCCGAUGGCGGUGCUGAUCUGCCGGCCACCAGUCGCCCACCGUCUGCCACCAUUUUGGACGCCCAAGGCAAUCCCAUCUCCCAGUAGUCACCAUGUUUAAUUAAAUGCUUAUUUUGUACGCCAUUUUAUUGUUAUUGUUGUUAUAGUUGUAAUACGCUCUCUAUCUUACAAGAAUUUUCAAAUGUCCGUUACUUGAAUUUAUGUUUAAGAAAAAAAAAAUGAACCACAAAUUCCUCGUCUUAAUAAAAUACUCUAGGAUUG